AUGGCGAGUCGCCACGAUGGGUCGUCCUUCGGCUCGAGGAGAUCGAAUGGACGAGCUAUCGGCCAGUUUGUUAUCGACAAGGAAAUUGGCAAGGGUAGCUUUGCACAAGUUUAUAUGGGCUGGCAUAAGGAAUCAAAAGCUGCCGUUGCCAUCAAAUCUGUCGAACUCGAACGAUUGAACAAGAAGCUAAAAGAGAACCUCUACGGAGAAAUCCAGAUCCUCAAGACUCUGCGGCACCCUCACAUUGUUGCCCUGCAUGACUGCCUCGAAUCCUCCACCCAUAUCAACUUGAUUAUGGAGUAUUGCGAGUUGGGCGACUUGUCUCUAUUCAUCAAAAAGCGAGAUAAGUUGUCCACGCAUCCUGCCACCCACGACAUGGCUCGAAAAUAUCCAAGUGCUCCAAAUUCAGGUCUUCACGAAGUCGUCAUUCGCCACUUCCUGAAGCAACUGACGAGUGCGCUGGAGUUUCUCCGAAGCAAGAAUUAUGUGCACAGGGAUGUAAAGCCACAGAACCUCCUCCUACUUCCGUCACAGGCAUUCAGGGAUCAAAGAGCUUUGCCCAUCAUGUCUGCCAGCCAAGACUCAUUAAUACCCGUGGCCGGCCUAGCCUCCUUGCCAAUGCUCAAGCUGGCCGACUUUGGGUUUGCCAGAGUGCUCCCAUCAACGUCUCUUGCGGACACACUCUGCGGCUCACCUUUGUAUAUGGCCCCCGAGAUUCUUCGUUAUGAACGUUACGACGCCAAGGCCGAUCUCUGGUCCGUAGGCACAGUUCUGUACGAAAUGGUGACUGGCCGGCCUCCAUUCCGAGCACGGAACCACGUUGAACUCCUGCGCAAGAUAGAAGCUGCCGAGGACGUCAUUAAAUUCCCCAGGGAGGUCGUCAUCAGUUCGGAAAUGAAGGCCCUCGUGAGAAGCCUGCUCAAACGAAGCCCUGUGGAGCGUCUCAGCUUUGAAAACUUCUUUGCUCAUCCAAUAGUCACGGGUGAGAUCCCUGGGCUAGUGGAAGAUGAUAUCCCAAAGUCUCCAAAACGAGAUCUGCACCCCAUCCCCCAGGAAGAGGAAUACCCACCAUCCCCUCGAGCCCCUCCUGCUCGCCGGUCAGUGCCUGAUUCUCCACGGGAACCGGUGGCAUCGUCAAGAUCACCACGAGAAGCAACUCCUCGAUCACCGCAACAGGGAAGCCAUGGCGAUGGCCGAUACAGACGUCAGUCUACAGAUGUACAACGUCCCGAGGCCUCUCCUCGCAAUGUUGGAGCUGGCUUAGGUAUCCAACGACCGAUUCCUCAACAUGCCUCGUCUUCGCCGAGCCAGCAUCACACCAGUGACAGGUCUAUCCGAGACCAACCCAUCCCGCGGUCACAGCUGUCACAAGAAGAGUCUUCCAGAGUGGUCAGGCACUCGCUUAGUAACAAGCAAAUUACCGAGGAGGAAAAAGCGGCUCAGGAUGUAAUGUUUGAAAGGGAUUAUGUCGUGGUCGAGCGGAGACAUGUCGAAGUUAAUGCCUUGGCUGAUGAGUUAGCUGCGAAUGAGAGAAUUGCUGGUCAAGGAUCUGACCCGCGGUCGGCUCAGAUGGUACGGCGAAGCACCCAGCAAGGGGCGCCGACGUCGACAACUGGAGCAAUCCCGACACCAUCAUCACGUACUGCACUUGUAGCCCAAGGGCGGGCGCUACAUGACCGCCGGUCAUCCUACGAGAAGGCCUUGUCCGCUAGUCCUGGGUCUGCGUCCAGUGCGAUUUCCAAGGCCAUUCAGGAUGCCAGUUUACGGCUGUUUGGCUUCAAAGUUGCCCCUGUACGCGGCAAAGGCCACUCACCUCCAAUGUACCAGCCAUUCCCGGCAUACCCAACCCCGUCGUCGCCAGGCGGCCUUAUUGGCGAUGGGAGGAGCUCACCGUCGGCAGACGAGGACGGCAGGACCAAGGAGGCCAUGGCAGAAUAUGCUGAACGAAGUGACUGUGUGUACGGGUUUGCUGAAGUCAAAUACAAGCAGCUCGUUCCGAUGGCGCCUUCAAUGGAUCACGGGCUUGGAGGUGUCGGCGUAGACCAACUAUCCCAAGAUGAAGAUGGCCUCACCAUCGAGGCGAUUGUUGCGCUCUCUGAAGAGGCGUUGGUGCUUUAUGUCAAGUCGCUCACCUUGCUUGCUCGCGCUAUGGACCUCGCGAGUUUGUGGUGGUCCAAGAAUGGCCGGGGCGACGGCAACGGCGGCGUAUCAGCUGCUGUCUCAGAGAACAUUUCGCAAAGCAUCAACGCUAUCGUGCAGUGGGUGCGACAGCGUUUUAACGAAGUCCUGGAGAAGUCGGAGGUCGUUCGUCUGAAGCUGAUGGAGGCUCAAAGGCUGCUGCCAGAGGAUCACCCGAGUCACCCAUCGAACCAAGGCGUAGAUUCACUCGUUUCAUCGUCAGGUUCAACAACGAAGCAAGUCUAUUUGACUCCGGGUAUCAGUGCGGAGAAGCUCAUGUACGACCGUGCUCUGGAAAUGAGUCGUGCCGCAGCGAUUGAUGAGGUCACCAAUGAAAACCUACCCGGCUGUAAGAUUUCGUAUAUUACGGCAAUUCGCAUGCUUGAGGCAGUCUUGGAUAAUGAUAGCGACGGCACAACCCGACGAGUGUCUUCUGGCAAGGAGCCGGCCAGAAGCGCUGCCAAGGAGUCCAGCAGUGAGUUGGACAGCGAUGAGGAGGCUCAUGUGCGAAAGAUGAUCCAAAUGAUCAAGGGCCGCCUUGCAGCGGUCGUCAAGAAGCAACAAAUGAUUGCUGACGCCAACAACAAGGAGCAGCAGGUACAGCUGCAAGCUGCCCGGCGACGAAGUGGCGAUGUGACGCCACGCAGCGUGCCAUCUCAUGGAUCGGCAUAA